AUGACUGUCGAUGGUGGAACAUCCCAAUGGGACUUAUUUAUUAAAAAGCUACCUCAAGAAGACCAAAAUACUAUUCAUUUGCCCAAUCUUGUAACUGGUGAUUUUGAUUCAAUAACAGAAGAAGUAUUAGAGAAAUACAAAAAGAAAGGUUGUGAGGUCAUCCAAACACCAGAUCAAGACUAUACAGAUUUUACAAAAGCAUUAAUUGAAUUGAAUAAACAUUGUUUGGCACAUAAAAUUGAGAUAAAGCAUGCUAUUGCCAUAGCUCAAGCCUCAGGGAGAAUUGAUCACAUAUUGGGAAAUCUACAAACAUUAUAUCUGGCAAAACAGAAACAGUUGUUGGGUUAUUCUACAAAGCUGUAUAUGCUGUCCGAUGAUGCAAUAUCUUGGUUACUUUUUCCGGGUAACCAUGUUAUUUUCAUUCCAGAAGAAACAAGACAGUAUAAAAAGUCUUGGUGUUCAUUAGUGCCAAUUGGUGAAAGCUGUAUGAGUGUAACUACCAGUGGGCUAAAAUGGAAUUUAGAUAAUGCACCACUUCAAUUUGGUGAAUUAGUAAGUACUUCCAACGCAUUUGAUGGUUCUGAGGAGGUUAAGAUAAGUUGUAGUAACACAGUUCUUUGGUCAAUGAAAGUGCCCAAUAUAUUAUGA